UGAGAUCAAGUCUAACAAAUUCUGCACGGUGAAUCUCUUAAGCGCGAAUAGAUAAACAUGUGAAAAAUGACAACAUUGAAUUGUAGCCCUUUCAACUAGCUCCAUUAUUGAAACAGCACAGAACUGAUUUCAAAAUGAUUGUUUCACAUUCCCAAGAUGAGCUCGAUUCCAGAUUUGCUAAUCUUCUACAGCCAAUCCGAGAUCUAACCAAAAACUGGGAUGUUGAUAUAGCAUCAUCUCUAGAGGAUUAUCUUGAGGAGCUUGACAAGAUAGUGGUAACAUUUGAUGGAGGGAUGACCACUAUGAACUUUGCUGAAGCUGCCAUGUUAAUUCAGGGCUCAGUGUGUGUGUAUAGCAAAAAGGUGGAAUAUCUAUAUACCUUGGUAUAUCAAGUUCUUGACUUGCUGGCAAGUAAAAAAAAGCAGAGCAAGCAGUCAGCAGGGGAUGGAAAUAGUGGACAUGCCGCCGAUUUAGAAAAGAAUGAAGAUGAAGAGUUUCUAAGCCUGGAUGAUAUUCAAGAGCACAAUAAUAUUGUGUUGAAAAACGAUGAAUUUGGAAAUAAGAAUGUUAUGCCCAUUCCUCAGAUGCCACUGUCAUUAAUUCCUCUUGAGGAGGGAGAAAAGGGAAGUAAUCCUCUUCUGAGUAAGAAGGGAGAAGUUUUGGGCAGCAGGAAUGACUUCAAAAUCAACAUCUGUUCCGUCCACCAGAGUGGCACUCUGCUCCUGGAUAUGUCACACAUGGCACUGCUGGAGAAGACCCUGGGGGACUGCAUCUCCAUUCAGGGUGCCUCUCUGAACACAAUUCAGGAAGAGAGUACCGAGUGUGCAAAAGGAAUGAUGGGAAGGGACAAUGUAGAGGAUAUAGGAACAGAUAGUUAUCAACCACCAGAUGUCUCAAUGGAUGACAAUGCAGAUGAUGAGGCUGUGCCUGUAGACCUUAUUCCAAUGGAAGAUGAGGUUGAUGGGGUGGUACCUGCAAACAAUAGAGAUAGUCUAGAUGCACAGAUUCUCAGAAGGUCUGAAAGAAAAAAGGUGCAAAUUGUUCCUCCAAAACCUGUCAUAGAUCAUUGGAAGAUGAUAGAUCCCCAUGAUCCAGGUCAUGCAACAGAACGAAACAUAAAAAGAGGCAAAACUUUUAAAAUCCCAGAUGUUGUAGAUGACUGUAUGUCAAACAAGAGGAAGAGAAAGAAGAAAACGUCUGUGAAGAAGCUGUGCCCUCUCACACAGUUUGUCUGUCAGACGUUUACUAAUGUGGAAAAAUAUCCAAAGAAUCCUCUGAAGACUGUGUCAUUUCCUGAGCUUGAUAAAUUAUUUUGGGCAGAAUACAAAAGACGACAAUCCCUGUCAAGAAAAGAGAGCAAAGCAAAGUAUGUGUAUGUAGAGGAAGAAAAUGAAGAGGAAAAUCUAGAGCAAGAAGAUUUCCACGAGGAUGAUGGUGAUGAUGCAGCAGACAUCUUGUUGCCACAAAUGAAUGAUGAUUGUUUAUUCAAUGCUAUCAACAGUGGUGUGGAUCACAUGCCAUGUACAUUGACUGGGUCUUCACAACACAAUGAUUUUGGAGCAUCGUUUGACAAUGGUGUAAUUAUAAAUGAUUAUGAGGAACUUGUUAAACAACAUGUGGAGCAAUAUCUGGCCAGUGCUCAGGAAUAUGCCCAGAUAACCGAGCUGUCUAGGAGGGUGACUGAAUGGGAGGAAAGAGUCGUCCCUAAACUGGAGGAGGAGGAUACACAUGAACCCUUUGAUAUCAACAAAUAUGGAAGCCUGUUAAUAGGAUCGUUGCAGAAAGAGACAAACACGGCAUUUAAGGAGGUGGUCAAAGCCAAAAAGACGUAUGAAAUAUGUAGGAUAUUCCUAGCUUCCCUUAUGCUGGCAAAUACACGAAAUGUGGAAAUAGUGAGCAAAGGAGAAUUGGAAACUGGGAUGGACAAGUUUGAAUUGCAUUUACUUUCAUCAAGGAGACACUUUGAGCAGUUAGAGGAGUACCAGGCCCCGUCAAUAGCUGGCAAAGGGUGACCGGGCAUUGAAAAAAAAGACAGAUUUUAAUGCCAACUGAAGCCAAAAGAAUUUGAAAAGAAUUACAUGUAUGGGGAAAUGGUUGUACAUGUACUUUUGAAGUUUGUUUACAUGUUUACAAAGCAUAUUGGAUAUGCUAAAGCCAUUUGUUAUGUGAAACUGUGUUAAACAAUCGUGAUCCUUUUAAUGAAAUUGAAGCAUGAAAAAUUGUUAUGUGUUUAAGCUGUGAAUAAUUCCAUAAGUAUAUUAUUUCCUAACAAACCA